GCGCUAGCACAAGAGAGAAAUUAGGCGAGGCAGCAGCGUCCGUCUCCCUCCCUCCCUCGACCCUAGCCCCCCCAGCGCAUCGCCGCCGGGCCCCUCCGCCGCUCCGUCGCCGGCAUAUCGCCGAAGGGCGCGCCGAGCUCGCCGGAUCGGCCCUGCCGCCGCGGAUCCAAUGGCUCUUAAUGAACGCCUCAGCAAAUUUAAACAACAGCAGGAGAGAUGCCAGACAACUCUAUCCAGCAUUGCUGCAACCCAAGCUUCAACCACAAAAUCCCACAAUGCUCCAAGGUCUAGACCAGCAAAUGCUCCGUCAGCUCCAGCAAAACAGAUACAGGCCAUUAAAUUCUCAAAUGAUACAGAAAGGCUUCAACACAUCAAUUCAGUGAGGAAGUCUCCUGUCGGAGCACAGAUCAAAUUAGUUAUUGAACUGCUUUACAAGACAAGACUUGCUUAUACAGCAGAGCAAAUAAAUGAAGCAACAUAUGUUGCGAUUAAUAGUAACAAGGCAGUCUUUGAUAGCCUGACGAACAAUCCCAAAGUACAAUUUGAUGGGAAGCGUUUCUCUUACAAGUCCAAGCAUGAUUUGAAGGGGAAAGAUCAAUUGCUUCAUUUGAUCAGAAGAUUUCCCGAGGGUCUUCCUGUUGUGGAGGUCAAGGAUUCAUAUCCAACUGUAUUGGAUGAUCUACAGGCUCUCAAAGCCUCAGGUGACGUCUGGUGGCUAUCAAGCAUGGACUCCCAGGAAGACAUUGUGUACCCAAAUGAUCCCAAAUCGAAGAUCAAGCUCGAUGCCGACUUGAAGCAGCUGUACCGGGAGAUAGAGCUGCCACGAGACAUGAUUGACAUCGAGAAGGAGCUCCUGAAGAACGGCCACAAGCCAGCAACCGACACGACCAAGCGGCGUGCAGCGGCACAGAUCCAUGGCCAGCGACCAAAGCCGAAGGCCAAGAAGAAGCAGAAAGAGAUCACUAAGAGGACCAAGCUCACAAACGCGCAUCUGCCUGAGCUGUUCGACCUGCCCCGUUAGCGCAAGCAAGCAAUGAUGCAUAUAAAGUUUGGGGGCAUUUCUUCAUGUGAGAGCUCGCAAUAAUAUUUUUACAUGCACAACGAUAUCUAUUUUUGUGUUACUUCAUCAUUGGGGGAAAGGACUUGCUGCAUCUCAAAACUCAAAACUGAGGUUGAUGCUUAUGCUUCAAUGCUUGUUAUACAUCAGUUGUACGUUGACAAUCCAUUGUGUGUUCCGUAUAAAAUGAAUCGAGAUGAACACCAA